AUGGCGGACUCCAGCAGCAGCGUUUCAGACUCCUCCAUUGGCUUCUCCUCAGUCCAGGACUACGCAAGACCAGCGCUGAGGCUGGUGCAGUGGGAGGAGCCUAAGAAGUCGGGCGCCAUCUUCUUCCUGUCCGUCACCGUGCUGGUGUCCAUGGCGACGCUGUCAGUCAUCAGCGUGGUGUCCUACCUGCUGCUCACCUGCCUCUGCUGCACCAUCACCUUCAGGUGUGACCCAGACCCAACCAGACCCACCCAGACUGAACCAGACCCAACCAGACCCAACCAGACUGAACCAGACCCACCUAGACCCAACCAGACUGAUCCUGACCCAACCAGACUGAACCAGACCCAACCAGACUGA